AUGGCCUCCGAGACGGAGACGUUCGCCUUCCAGGCGGAGAUCAACCAGCUCCUAUCCCUCAUCAUCAACACCUUCUACUCCAACAAGGAGAUCUUCCUCCGGGAGCUCAUCUCCAACUCCUCCGAUAGAGUUGUUGUGACCACCAAGCACAACGAUGAUGAGCAGUACGUGUGGGAGUCUCAGGCUGGUGGCUCCUUCACCGUCACACGUGAUACCUCUGGGGAGACCCUUGGCAGGGGUACCAAGAUGACCCUCUACCUCAAGGAUGAUCAGUUGGAGUACCUUGAGGAGCGACGCCUCAAGGAUCUGAUCAAGAAGCACUCUGAGUUCAUCAGCUACCCCAUCUCUCUCUGGACUGAGAAGACCACUGAGAAGGAGAUUUCUGAUGAUGAGGAUGAGGAAGAUAAGAAGGAUGAGGAGGUGGCAAUUGGUCAACAAGCAGAAGCCUAUCUGGAUGAGGAAGCCUGAGGAGAUCACCAAGGAAGAGUGCUGCUUUCUACAAGAGCUUGACCAACGACUGGGAGGAGCAUCUUGCCGUGAAGCACUUCUCUGUUGAGGGUCAGCUUGAGUUCAAGGCUGUCCUCUUUGUACCGAAGAGGGCCCCGUUCGACCUCUUCGACACCAGGAAGAAGCAGAACAACAUCAAGCUAUGUGCGGCGUGUCUUCAUCAUGGACAACUGUGAGGAGCUGAUCCAGAGUGGCUGAGCUUUGUCAAGGGCAUCGUUGACUCUGAGGACCUUCCCCUCAACAUCUCCCGUGAGACCCUCCAGCAGAACAAGAUCCCAAGGUCAUCCGCAAGAACCUGGUGAAGAAGUGCAUUGAGCUCUUCUUCGAGAUUGCGAGAACAAGGAGGACUACAACAAGUUCUACGAGGCCUUCUGCAAGAACCUCAAGCUUGGCAUCCACGAGGACUCCCAGAACAGGACCAAGAUUGCUGAGCUCCUGAGGUACCACUCCACCAAGAGCGGUGAUGAGCUGACUAGCCUCAAGGACUAUGUGACGAGGAUGAAGGAGGGCCAGAGCGACAUCUACUACAUCACUGGUGAGAGCAAGAAGGCUGUGGAGAACUCCCCCUUCCUUGAGAAGCUGAAGAAGAAGGGCUAUGAAGUCCUGUACAUGGUGGAUGCAAUUGAUGAGUAUGCCAUUGGCCAGCUGAAGGAAUUUGAGGGCAAGAAACUUGUCUCUGCCACUAAGGAGGGCCUGAAGCUGGAUGAGACCGAGGACGAGAAGAAGAGACAGGAGGAGCUCAAGGAGAAGUUUGAGGGCCUCUGCAAGGUGAUUAAGGAGGUUCUGGGUGACAAGGUUGAGAAGGUGGUGGUCUCUGACCGUGUGGUGGACUCCCCCUGCUGCCUUGUCACCGGCGAGUAUGGCUGGACUGCCAACAUGGAGAGGAUCAUGAAGGCCCAGGCGCUGAGGGACUCCAGCAUGUCCGGAUACAUGUCCUCCAAGAAGACCAUGGAGAUCAACCCUGAGAAUGCCAUCAUGGAGGAGCUCCGCAAGCGUGCUGAGGCUGACAAGAAUGACAAGUCUGUGAAGGACCUUGUCAUGCUGCUGUUCGAGACUGCGCUCCUCACCUCCGGCUUCAGCCUUGACGAGCCCAACACCUUUGGCAGCCGCAUCCACCGCAUGCUCAAGCUUGGCCUGAGCAUUGACGAGGAUGAGACCACUGAGGCUGAGACCGACAUGCCCCCUCUGGAGGAUGAUGCCGGCGAGAGCAAGAUGGAGGAGGUCGACUAAGCGGCGCGGUUGUUUACUUUUGAAUCGAGUUAGCUUAGCUUUUGGUGUUAUUCCUGAACCUCGUUGUCAGUUUAUUUUGUGUGGCAUUACUUUUCCUAGCCUGCAAUACGUGGGGCUAGAUGCUAUGGUGGAUUAUCGAACUGCGUACUUGUCGGUGGUAUAGUAGUAUUAUUAUUAUUGUUAUCCUGCUGUCUUCUAAUUUC